UAUAAUCACCUCAACCUCCAUAAGGACCGGCAUUUGGGUAUCAAACGGUUCGCGUGCACGUGGGAAGGGUGUGACUACCGGUGCGACAACAACCGGUAUCUGUUAGAGCACAGGCGCACCCACACAAAGGAGAAGCCCCUGUCGUGUUCGUGGCCCGGCUGUGAGUACAGCGCCAAUAGCCAGAGGGGUUUGAUGUCUCACAUGCGCACACAUACGGGCGAAAAGCCGUAUGAGUGUCCGUUUCCCGAAUGCACUUUCCGCGCCUCCCAGUCCUUCGCAUUGGUCGUACAUAAGCGCAAACAUACGGGAGAAAAGCCAUACGUUUGCGCCGAAGGUUGUGGUAAACAAUUCUCAUCGAACUCCGGCCUUUAUAGUCACCGCAAGGGUUGUAACGAUUAUGCCGUUUAUCUCGUAAAGAAAGGACGCAAAGCGUAAUAAAGGCCACCAGAAGUGGACUUCAAAGUCGAUGAUUAAAUUAUAAGCCAUUACUUCUGAUUAUUUAAUUUUGUUGUAAAUUAUUUAAAUUUAAAUAUAACUCAAAACAUUUUAUUUGUUUUAUUUAUUAAUUACACACAUCUACGGAA